AUGUGGGGGCUUGUGGGCCUUUUGCUGCUCAUCCUGGCCUAUUUCUUUUGGCCCAAGUCAAAGACACCUAAUGACAAGUUCCCCAGGAGCCUUCCAGUCCUGCCCCUGGUGGGCAGUCUGCCGUUUCUCCCCAGAGGUGGUCACAUGCAUGUCAACUUCUUCAAGCUGCAGGAAAAGUAUGGUCCCAUCUAUUCUUUUCGCCUUGGUACCACACCUACAGUGAUCGUCGGUCACUACCAGCUGGCCAGAGAAGUGCUCAUCAAGAAGGGAAAAGAGUUCUCUGGUCGGCCCGCCAUGGUGACUCUAGGCCUCUUGUCAGACCAAGGAAAAGGCGUCGCCUUUGCAGAUGCUGGUAGCUCCUGGCAACUGCACCGGAAGCUGGUGUUCAGCAUCUUUUCCCUGUUCAGGGAUGACCAGAAACUGGAGAAGAUAAUAUACCAGGAAACCAACUCACUGUGUGACUUGUUGCUUCCACACAACGGGGAGUCCAUAGAUCUGUCUACGUUCAUCUACAAGUCAGUAGUCAACAUCAUCUGUGCCGUCUGCUUCAACAUCUCUUAUAAGGAAAACGAUCCGAAACUGACCACCAUACAGACCUUUACAGAGGGUAUCGUGGAUGCCCUGGACCACAGCAGUCUGGUGGACAUAUUCCCGUGGCUGACGAUUUUUCCCAAUAAAGCCUUGGAAAUGAUAAAGGAAUAUGCUAAAAUUCGAGAAGAAAUGCUGAUGGAAAUGUUUGAGAAAUGCAAGGAGAAAUUCAACAGUGAAUCUAUCUCCAGCCUGAUGGACGUUCUGAUACAAGCCAAGAUGAAUGCAGACAACAAUAACACCAGCGAAGGCCAGGACCCAGAGGUCUUCUCAGAUAGGCAUAUCCUCGCCACAAUGGGAGACAUCUUUGGGGCGGGCAUAGAGACAACUGUCUCUGUGCUGAAGUGGAUCCUGGCUUUCCUGGUGCACAAUCCUGAGGUGAGGAAGAAGAUCCAAACAGAGAUUGACCAGUAUGUAGGCUUCAGUCGAACACCAACCUUCAAUGACCGGACGCACCUCCUCAUGCUGGAGGCCACCAUCCGAGAAGUGCUUCGCAUCAGGCCGGUGGCUCCUACUCUCAUCCCCCAUAAGGCUAACGUUGACUCCAGCAUUGGAGAGUUUACCAUCCCCAAGGACACACAUGUGAUUGUCAAUCUCUGGGCACUACAUCACGAUGAGAACGAAUGGGACCAGCCAGAUCGAUUCAUGCCUGAGCGCUUCUUAGAUCCAACAGGAAGCCAUCUUGUCAUGCCCUCGCAGAGUUAUUUGCCCUUCGGAGCUGGUCCCCGAUCCUGCAUCGGAGAGGCUCUGGCCCGUCAGGAGCUCUUUGUCAUCAUGGCCUUGCUGCUGCAGAGGUUUGACUUUGAUGUGUCAGAUAAUAAACAGCUGCCCUGUUUGGUGGGUGACCCCAAGGUGGUCUUUCUGAUCAACCCUUUCAAAGUGAAGCUCACAGUGCGCCAGGCAUGGAAGGACGCACAGGCCGAGCUUAGCACCUAGAGGCCACAACUAACAUCGCAGAUCCCAGGCCUUGAUGCCAACAGUGCAGUCAUAGAGGCGCCAGCCCCAGUGCCUCCAACGAUCCUCCUCACUCCUAUCCCAUUUUCUAGUUGGCAGCAAUGGAGCGUGAGACAUAUAAAUUAAA